CUGCUUGGUCCCGGCAGCCAAUCAGUGUGUUCCUUGUUUUAAAUGCCCAGAACCUGAAGGUGAGGUUUCUCGGAUGCGAGCGCGAAUGCAGAGCUGUGUGUUUAACUGUAUUUAUUUAUUUAUUUAUUUUAAUUUGUAGAUGAUUUUGUUUUCUUAAUUGUAUCAUGGGGACCCAAGAAGAAAAAGACUGGGUUGAUGCUGCCAAUGAUCUUCUCAGAAAGUGCCAUAUUAACCUGAGGAUGCAGAAGGUAUCGGACUGCGGUGCCUCUGUCUUUGUGUCUCUUUACCAGGCGAUUUUAGGGGAAGGAGUUCCAGAUUACAUUGCUGUUCCCAGGAGCCAGGAAGACGACUCUCACAAUGUGCAGGCAGUGAUCGACUCCCUGGCGCUGGACUAUCUGCAGAUCAGCUUGUCUCACAUCACAGGAGAGAACAUUGUACGAGGAAACAAAGAAUCUAUCAAAAAUCUUCUGGACAUUUUCGACGGGCUGCUGGAAUACCUUACAGAACAGAUAAGCGAGACGUUUUCUCAGAGCGGAGAUGACCCAGACCCCAGGGAAAAGGAUCCUGUAGUUCCCAGAGCGCUGUGGGAGGAUCUUGAGGACCAACACAAAGAGGCUCUCCCUGCAGCCAAGCCAUCGUCAUCCAGAGGGUCCUCCCCGUCGUCUCUCCCGUCCUGGGAUGCUGAGGGCUUCGAGUCAACGACUGAACUGAUCCGGCUGGGGGACUCGGCACACAUGUUCAUCACCAAACAAGACAAGCCCACCGCCCCCCUGCCCAGCACGUCUGUCUCCCCGGACCCCCUGAACGCCAGUGCCACCCAGCUGGGGCACCCCAUUAGCCAGGCCACCCCCCUGCAGCCUCCCUACCAGCCCACGCAGCACAGACUCGACCUGUGGAGCACCCAGCCACCGGGCCCUGGUGAUGAGGAGCCAGCGCCCCCUCUGCAAACAAUCCCUGGCCCAUCAAGGACAGUAUCUGACAGCACUGCUGAGAAUGGGACCCAAUCAAGACUCUCUCCAGCGAGUGAGAAGUCCUCGUCCAGCAGCUCCAGAUCAGCUACUCAUAAGAAGCCUGGUCCUGCUGUGGAGCGGGAGAGAGCGAAGGAGAGCUUCGUCUCAGCCCCGAAGAGGGUGGCGUUCCGCACGCAGCCUGACGUCCGGCUGCUGAGCCUGCAGGGCGGGCUGGAGGAAUCGGGGGUCUGGAGCUCCAAGGAGGAGGGGGACCCCACCGAUCUGCUGAACCACUCCAGCCAGCGGGAUCACAGAGCCCCCAAGGAGAGGACUCUCAUCAAUGACAGCAGCCUGUAUGAUGGUGGCGUGACGGAGCCGCUGUCCCGGCAGAGAGUGAGGAACAAGCUGGCGGAGCAGGAGCUACAGGAGAUGUCAGCCAAGCUGUCCCGCAGGCUGGAGGAGCUCGACUUGAUGCUGAAGCAGGCUCUGGGAGAGACGGCUGGGGUGAGUGAGGCGAGGGGGGAGGAGGACAAACUGUCUCACCACAGCGACAGCUUCAUGGAGUGCCAUCGAACCAAGAGACAGUCAGGAACACCACACCCCAGGAAGCCCCCACGCACGCGCUCCCUGUCCCCCUCCCCUCCCCGUGCCAGGCGCGCUCUGCAGGGCCAGUUCGAGGACACUGUCCCCCGGGACCAGAUGCAGCACAUCUGCAGAGAGGUGCAGAGAGAGCGGGAUCUGCAGAGGAGGAAAGCAGGGAUUGUGGGCAGAGCCUACGAAGACGUUUUGAAAAGCUAUAAAGGAAAAGAACGGAUUCAAAUUUCAAAGGAGAAGGCAAAGGCCAAGGAAACGGAACAACAGUACAAAGAAAACCUCUACAAGGAUGCCCCCCGCACGCCCAAGAGGUCCCGCAUCCCCCCUGCCAAGCCCACCCCUCACACACCCAGAGCCAGCCAAGGAACAUCAGCCAGAGGGAUCGUCCGACCGAGCAAGGCACCGCCCAUGAAGAUUAAAGACAACGACCUGCUCCCCUUGCUGCUGGAGGAGUUCCCCUGCCUCCACGUCUCGCCCCACGCCCUCAACAAGAUGUGGAAGCAGCAGUUCAGGCAGAUCGAGCAGCUGACCGGGUCAGUGUCUGAGCAGGAGCAGGAGCGAUCCAGAGCCAAGCUCAACACGGAGGUGGAAGAGGCCCAGAGGAAGUACGAGCUGCUGGUGGAGAUCAUCCGCAAGGAGCAGGAGCACAACCAGAGACUGAAAGACUUCAAAGACCUCAUUCGACAGCAGAAGUCUGCCCAGAGCAGGAUGAGGGAGCAGAGACAGCAGGUCGCUCGGGCGAAGAAAUAUUACAACGACUACCACGUGCAGCUGCGCGCCAGGAUGCUGCGCUCCAGGACCAGGGAGGAGAGGAUAUUGCAGAACCUGUUUGAGGAAGGCCUGGAAAUCCAGCAGAAGAGAGUGCGAGAACUUCGCUCCUACGCCAAGGACCAGCGCGAGGAGCACAGGAAAAAACACAAAGAAGAGCUGGAGUCCAUGGAGAACUAUUACAAGGACCAGUUUUCUAUGUUGGCUGAAACGCUUGCUCAAGAACAACAGGAAAUACAAGUUAGGAAGAAAGCACAGGAAAAGGCGCUCCAGAAGAUGAAGAAGGAGCUCCAUGGGAAGAUGGAGCGUGAGAUCGGGGAGCUGCAGGAGAUGAUCGUGCAGAACGAUGACGACGUGUACUUCCGCGAGCUGGAGGCGGAGCAGCUGAGCCGUCGUGUGCACAUGGCUUCCUUCCAGUACAGCGCGAGCCCCCUGCUGUGAGACCAUCACCCACGCUGGCUUCCUUCCAGUACAGCGCGAGCCCCCUGCUGUGAGACCAUCACCCACGCUGGCUUCCUUCCAGUACAGCGCGAGCCCCCUGCUGUGAGACCAUCACCCACGCUGGCUUCCUUCCAGUACAGCGCGAGCCCCCUGCUGUGAGACCAUCACCCACGCUGGCUUCCUUCCAGUACAGCGCGAGCCCCCUGCUGUGAGACCAUCACCCACGCUGGCUUCCUUCCAGUACAGCGCGAGCCCCCUGCUGUGAGACCAUCACCCACGCUGGCUUCCUUCCAGUACAGCGCGAGCCCCGUGCUGUGAGACCAUCACCCACGCUGGCUUCCUUCCAGUACAGCACGAGCCAGCCAGACACUCACUGUCAACACCCAGGACCUUUAAUAAUUGAUCUGAAUACUACAUCUACUCCAGGACACUAGUAAUGAAGAGAAUACGAUUGAGGACUUUGCAUUUGAAUAUGUGCGAGUCAUUUUAAGGUUGUAUAAAUCUCUUUUGAUUUUGUAUAUUGAGUUAAGAACUUUACUUUCUAAUGUUUUAACAAUGUAACAAAAUGACUGUACAGGACAGAAAAAUCAGGUUUUAAAUUAUUUUAAUUCUUUUAUUAAACUUUGUAUCUGAAAAGGA